GGUACUUCUUAGGACUAAAACGUGCCGAAGCUUCGCGAGCCUUCUUUUUACCUACAUCACCACCUACCUACCUACCUACCUAUUUCAGUCCUAGUUUUGUUUCUUCAUUCCCAUAUGACAUAUAGUUAGCAUAUAACGUAACAUAUCUAGUAGAAUAACAUACUGUAUAUAAAAUCUACAAUUCCUUCCUUUUCCCCUCUUCUUGCCCUUCAUGAGGGCCUUGUCACUUUCUAUAUCCAUUCUUGUAGCUAUACUAUCCAUCGUUGUAUUCCGAGAACAGGUUUCUGAGUUUGCGACAACUACCCUCAACGCCAUAUUAAAGAACUUGAACAUCGACAAGCUUUGGGACGACAGUAAUAUCGUACGCGACAGCUCCUCAACCACCACAGCUACAUCCUCGACUACCGAAUCCGUGUCCAAUUCUCCCUUUUACAACCCACCCGAACCACUCGUCGCGACCAACAUGUCCAUCCCCCGCGCCAUUCGCAAGGUCUUCCUAGCCGUCGAGCAGGCCGAAGGCGCAGGCGCCCGCGUGCGCCGCUCCAUCGGGACCCCUCAACUGCGCAACUUCUCGCCCUUCCUCAUGCUCGACCACUUCAGCAUCAAGCCCGGCGCCGGCUUCCCCGACCACCCGCACCGCGGACAAGAGACCAUCACCUACCUCCUCGAGGGCGCCGUCGACCACGAGGACUUCGCGGGGAACGCCGGCACGAUCGAGGCCGGCGAUCUACAGUUCAUGACUGCCGGCCGCGGCAUCAUGCACGCCGAGAUGCCGCGCCAAAACCCCGACGGCAGCGCCAACGUCGGGCUACAGUUGUGGGUCGACCUGCCCGCCAACCUCAAGGCCUGCGAGCCGCGAUACCGCGAUUUACGGGCCAAGGAGAUCCCCAGCGCGACGUUGGACAACGGGAAAAUAAAUAUCAAGGUCAUCUCGGGCCAGGCCGCCGGCGUGGACAGCGUGAAGGACCUGGCGUACACGCCCGUCUGGAUCCUCGACGUGACGAUGAAGCCCGGCAGCAAGCUGGCGCAGCCGCUUCCCGAGGGCUGGAACGCGUUCUCGUACCAGCUCGAGGGGUCGGCGAUCUUCGGCUCGGGCGACAACAAGAAGACGGUGCCGCAGUACCACAACUGCGUGUUCGAGCCGGCCGGCGACGUCGUGCUGGUCGAGGUGCCCGAGACCGCCAAAGAGAACGCGCGGUUCGUGCUCAUCGGCGGACAGGUGCUGGACCAGAAGGUCGUGCAGUAUGGCCCCUUCGUGCUGAACACGCCCGAGGAGGUGCGCCAGACGCUGAUGGACUACCAAUUCCACAUGAACGGCUUCGAGCGUGCCGAGGGCUGGCAGAGCGAGAUUGGCAAGUCCAUGGUUCAUUAAGCGGAACAAAUACCCACGCAUAUUCUCCCAACUCCUCGCACGCUCUUUGAUAGUCAUUUAUCUGCUAUCAUCAAAAAAUAAAAUUGUACAUAACUUGAAUUCUUUUUUCUUUUUUUUUUUUUGGGUAUUUUUUUGGUUUUGGAUCCCGCUACCCUACCACGUUUGAUGAUACCUAGGCAGACAUACCAUGGAUAAAUAUAC